AUGAGAAUUGCCAUCCGAGAGCAAUUGGCUGUGCUUGUUACUCUCGUUGUACUAGUCGGGCUCGCCAUCGUAUCCGUGCCAACAUGGAUCUUCGUCAACAACUUUGUAAUACAAGUACAGUCGAGCAGCUUGGCCCUGACAGCUUCACUCAAGGCCACCCGCAUCGCUUCCGAAGUCCAGCUUGUCCAAACGACUUGUUCGACUAUAUCCACGAGGAUAUUGAUCCAAGAAGCACUAAACACAUACUACCAAGGCAAUACGACCGACGAAAACUGGGACUCUGCAAGGACUGAUUUUCAAAGUGCUCUCGGCUCUGGCGGAGGGAACUUGUACCAAGUCAAAGUGUUUUCUAGGAACACCACGGGGCCGUCUACUGGUCUCUUCAAUGCCACCGGCAGGACGACUCCGCGAAUCGAGCUUCCCUACGAGAACUCCAAUGGCACCAAGCCGUUUCUCGGUGACCCAGACGGGGGCUUCCCGCCGUCACUGUAUCCGAACAUUACUUACAAUGAUACGGGUAUGCCGAGCACCAACAAUCCGAGCACAAAUAGGUUUGCCGCUUACGCGCUCUCUGGCGUUCGCCUGAAUCAAGACAAUGGCCUGUUUCUAGGUCCUCUCAUGAUAAACGAGACCUUUGCUUUGAUUUCUCUGACCAUCCCGAUCAGAUCAAUAACAACGUCAGGCUUCAUCCUGGGGUACAUGACCAUCGUCGCUUCGGGAAGUCCGCUCGUGAACGUGACGAGUUCAAGAGAAGGCUUGGGUGAUACGGGUGUCGUGUUGAUUGUUGGCCCAAUGGCUCCGUCAAAUACAUUCAACGCAUCAAUGCCGUCGAGCAAUUCGACGUACACGCCGGAUGACCUCGGUACCUUCGGGGACGUCCCAAUGCGCUUUGUACUUCCACCGAUACCAGCGCCCAAAGGUGCCAGGCGGCAUGACCAGCACAGCUACGCCUCUGGACUUUACGACCGUCCUUUUAAACUGCGGGAUUAUCCAGCCGUAAUGACGGAAUUCUCGAGGCAGGUCGAGACCGUGAACAAUGCCAGUUCGAGUUUGUGGACGAGAAACGAGCAAGGGACUGAUGUGUCGGUCGGGUUCGCCCGGCCACAAAAUUCGCUCUUCACCUGGACGGUUGUUGUGGAGCAGGCACGCUCCGAAGCCACGGCUCCGAUCAGCACGCUGCGCAAGAUUUUACUCGGAUGUGUUUUCGGUACUGCUGGCGCAGUUGCGAUCCUUGUCUUUCCGUGUGCACAUUGGAGCGUAAUGCCGAUCAGACGGCUGAAAGAUGCCACCGAAAAGUCCGUCGCUCCACCAGGAUACCAUGACGACCUUGAGAGAUUCAAUACGUAUGACGAGGAGGGCAUGCUCUCGGGUACAACUUCUAAAAAGUCUGUCAAAGGCAUGGCGGCGUGGAUAUCGCGUAAGCUGGGACGUCAUCACCGCAGACGCCUCCUCGCAGAUGCUGAAAGUGACUCGCAUCGACGAGUCUUCAAAAUUCCGGGCAAAGUCGAAAGCCACAAGCACAUCGUUACGGACGAAUUGACUGAGCUUACCACGGUUUUCAACGAAAUGAGCGAUGAACUGCUUAAACAGUACACGUCGCUGGAUGAAAAAGUCGCCGAGAGAACGCGCGAACUGGAAAUUAGCAAGAAGGCAGCCGAAGCAGCAAACGAGAGCAAAACUUUGUUCAUUGCCAACAUCUCUCACGAACUCAAAACACCCCUGAAUGGCAUUAUGGGCAUGUGUGCAGUGUGCAUGGAAGAGGAUGACAUUGUCAGGAUCAAGCAGUCCCUCAAGACGCUGUACAAAUCUGGCGAUCUUUUGCUCCAUCUUCUCGACGAUUUACUGAGCUUCUCCAAAAACCAAAUCGGUCAUCAAGUAAGCCUAGAGGAACGCGAAUUUCGGCUGGCAGAUAUUCGAUCGCAGAUUCUUUCCAUCUUCGAGAAACAAGUAAAGGAGGGCCGCAUCACACUGUCAGCCGACUUUGUCGGUAAUGACCCUGAUGGUCGGCCAAUCGACCUAGACCGCCAGGAUCCAGAGAAGCGUCUUCCGGCUGUUGGUCCUCAAGGUCUAGGGCGCCUGAAGGACAUGUGCCUCUGGGGCGAUCAGCACCGGAUCUUGCAAGUCCUGAUCAAUUUGGUGAGCAACAGCUUGAAAUUCACACCCGCGGGUGGCAAGGUCAUGGUACGUAUCAAAUGUUUGGGAGAAGUAGAGUCGAGCGAUGAGAGCAGGGCGUCGUCCAUGUCGAGAAACUCGAGCCGGCCCGGUCGCGGUCGAGGUCGCCUGGGAUCCGGCUCACAGAAUUCGACGAGCUCUAGAGGCGCAUCGUCGUCCAUUGUGCAGUCGCAGGUCCAGAAAGGCACUGCCUUGUCCAUAAACCCGGCGGAUCCGAAGUCUGGGACUCACCAAACCACCAUGGACAGGCCUGCGACGCCGCCGCCACCCAAUGCCAAAACAUACCUCUUCGAAUUUGAAGUCGAAGACACCGGCCCUGGUAUCGCCGAACACAUGCAACAACGAGUGUUCGAGCCCUUCGUGCAAGGGGACCUGGGGCUCAGCAAAAAAUAUGGCGGCACCGGCCUAGGCUUGAGCAUUUGCUCUCAGCUAGCCACGCUCAUGGGCGGCAACGUCUCUCUGAGGAGCACAGUGGGUGUCGGAACCACCUUCACCGUGCAAUUGCCCUUGAAAUAUACCAAAGAAAAGCCUUCCAGCACGGCAUCCAGCAGCAUGGGUGGCUCACGACCGCCGAGCGUGGUAUCUGCGGACAUCGAAACUCGCCGCCAAUCGAUAGAAGGGCCGACUGCCGAGGGCUCGAAGCCGACGGCUACGCCCGUAGUGGACAAACAGCCCAGGCUUGUGGGUCUAAGCCAGCCUUUUUUCGCGGCCGUGAAAGCACAAACCCCCAAGAGCGAUGAUGAGAAAAUGGCGAUGAUAAACCAGGCGAUGGAAAAGAAGCGGGGAGCGGGGAAGCUGCGCGUGUUGGUGGCUGACGACAACAACACCAACAUUGAGGUUGUCAGCAGAAUGCUGAAGCUUGAGGACGUUUACGACGUUACUAUCGCCAAGGACGGGCAGGAGGCAUACGAGCUGGUGAAGACGAACUUUGAGCGCAACGAGCGGUUCGACGUCAUUUUCAUGGACAUCCAAAUGCCGAACCUAGAUGGGCUGCAAAGCACGAGGUUGAUUCGCAAGAUGGGCUACAAUGCGCCCAUAGUUGCGCUGACGGCGUUUUCUGACGCGAGCAAUGUCAAAGACUGCAUGGACUCGGGCAUGAACGAGUUCCUCGCGAAGCCGAUCCGGCGGCCUGCGCUGAAGCAAGUGCUGCAAAAGUUCGCGACGAUCCCCGAGGAGCCGGAGACGGCGAGCGUAUUGACCAAGAAGACCACACCAGAGGCAACGACACCGGCGGACCCGUCAACGGAGAAGGGGGAUCUUGGGCUGGCCUCGGCGGCAGAAACUACAUCUCCGGAGGAAGAGGAGCACUCUAACGGGGUGGCCUCCCCGGGGAAGAAGUGA